CUAUUUCAGUGUAAUUCUAUACUUGUUUCUCUUAUUGGAAGGUAAACAUUCAAUGUACAUAAUAACAGUAAAUACAUGCUAUGCUCAAGAUAGUGUUAUCAAAUAUUUCUAUUUUUACGAAGUUUUAUGGAAAUGGAGCAAAAAGUAAAAAGAAUAUCAGCGCCGAGUACAAAAAGAGAAGCAUUUGACGAGUGGAAGAGUAAAGGAUCUCUCGGCUUGACCAAGAGCCAGACUUCAAUGGCUUUAUUUGAAGCUGGUCAGAAUCCUAUAGAUCACGACAUACACUCUUUCUGGAAGGCUAAAGGCAAGUCAGAUACUGACAUCAUAACUUUCGAGGAGUUUAAAGAAUUGUAUAAACAGCUCGGAGAUCCUAGGGAAGUAAUCAAGAAUGCAUUGAAGUGUUUUGACAAAAAUGAAAAUGGUAAAAUAGACCAAGAAGAAUUACGAGAAAUUCUUAAAGCAGCCGGUGAGUUAGAAAACGCCAGAGAAGAAACAGAAGAUAGUUAUGUUGAAAUGAUCCUAAGUCUUGGAGAUAGGAAUAAAUACCAUGAACUAGACAUAGAUGAGCUUGUGACAAUGAUCCAGGAUGGGCUGAUAAAAGGAUGACGAAGCACAACAUACACUGUUUCUCAAAAGAUACAAAAACAUUUGCUUGUUCUGUUAUGAAUAAAAUUUUGUCAUAUGCUUUGUUGAUAUCUAACAUGGAAACGGAACUCAGUAGUUUGAAACAAUCAUAGAAAAGUAACUGUUGCUACGUCCGAUGUUACGAAUCGUUUUCUAUUUACUAGGUUAAAGCAGCCUUAAUUUAACAACAUUUUACGCUACCGGACAGGGAUUUAAAUUCAAUCUGAGUUGUUAGAAGCAAGUAAAUUCUCGAGCCAGACAAAGUAUUUUCCCAUUUUCAGGUUAAAUGUAAAAGUAAAUGCUAUUCAAUUAAGCAUCACUAAUUUUCUGUGGUUAGAUUCUGCAUAUUUCCUGCCAGAUUUUUGCAAGUACUUCAGAGCCUGUUUCUUAAACAGCCCCUACUUUUGCCUCUGCACUAUAUACAGCUUUAUCCCUGUUUAAGCCCCUGUUGAAUAUUCAUUCUUGCUUUUUUACACUUCCCCUUUAUCUCACAUUUUUGCAUAUAAUUAAAAUGUACUUGUAUUUUUUCAAGCAACUCGUCAGCUUUAUCUUUCCACUAUAAUUAAUAGUUUCUUUUGGUUGCGGGCCUACUUCGCGAUGCAUAGCUCUCUGGCUGUGUCUUGGUGCUCUGUGCUUCCGGGAAAUCUUCCCUAAUCUUUUAUAUUUUCGUGUACCGAAAUUAAUCUCGCUUAGAUGCUACGACAUUAUGUACAAAACCUUUGAGUAUUAACUAGGGUUGUAUAAAAUUACAUCACAAACAAGCACAAAAUACCAAUACAAAAA